AUGACUUUCAAAGAUCUUACUGAAGCAAAUGAGGUUAUUGGUUAUUAUGUUGUGUCUAAUAAGAGGGGCCUUAAGUUAGAUAAGAGUGAUAAGAGAAGACUUAGAUACAAGUGUCAGAUAGGGUGUCCCUUUAAAUAUCUUAUUUCUAAGGAUGGCAAAGAUCAAGGGGUAAAGAUAAAAACUUGGAGGGAUGAAUAUGACUGUGGUGAAGUCUUUGAGAACAGAAGAGCUACUCCUGCUGCUUUAGCACGUUAUUUUAAGAGAAAGAUUCAAAAUAAUCCUAAGUUUAAGAUUAAAGAGAUGAAGGGUAAAGAGAAUGUUUUAGAGAAAUUGGAGGGUUCUUACUUGGAUGAGUACAACAAAUUGGAGGCAUAUGCUCAAGAGUUGAGAGAAACAAACCCUGGUACUGAUGUGGUGAUACAGAUAUCCAAAGAUGCAAUGGAGGAAGGUAAGAGAAGAUUUCUGAGGAUGUAUGUCAGUUUCGAGGCCCUCAAGAGUGGAUUCAAAGCAGCUUGGGCUGUAGUGGAUAAGGAAACAAAGACAACUUGGCAGUGGUUCAUGGAGAACUUGAAGGCUUCUUUGGACUUGAAAUAUGGUGAAAGCUACACAUUCACGUCAGAUAUGCAUAAGGGUAUGUUAGAUGCUGUGAGGAAUGUAUGUCCACAAUCAUAUCAUAGAUAUUGUGCAAGGCAUAUUGAAGCAAAUUGGAGCAAAAAAUGGAAUACUGAUGAGAUGAAAAAGGACUUGCUGAAUUAUCCUCCAGUAACCUGGUGUAGAGCUUACUUUGAUACCCAAUGUAAGAAUCCAAUGGUGGACAACAACUUUACAGAGUCCUUCAACUCUUGGAUUCUUGAAGCUAGACAUAAGCCAAUAGUGAAGAUGCUUGAGGAUAUAAGAGUGAAGGUGAUGAAUCAACUAAAGGAUAGAGUAGAAGAAGUUAACAGUUGGAGAGGUGAAUACAACCCAUAUGCAAUGGAGUUAUACAAUGAUUAUAAAGAAAUGGCUUCAAAGUGCAAGGAAAAUUUUAAUGGAGACGGGGUUUUUGAAAUAAGUGAAGGUGAAGACAGGCACACAGUGAUUCUGGAGCAACAAAGGUGCACAUGCAGGCUUUGGAACUUGUUUGGAAUCCCUUGUGCUCAUGCUAUCAGGGCAUUCUUAUAUAAGAAACAAGACCCAACACUUGGGAUUCACUGGUGGUAUUCCAAACAAGCCUGGCAGUUGGUGUAUCAGCACAAACUGCAGCCUGUUAGAGGUAAAAGAUUCUGGAAAGUUGAGCCACACCAAGCCAUGGAUCCAACACCACUAGCAAAGAUGGUUGGUAGACCUAAAGUGAAAAGGUCAAGAGAGAAGGAUGAAGCUAGGAAAAGGCAAGGACAAUGGUCAACAUCUAGGAAGGGUCUUCAAGUGAAUUGCAGUUUUUGUGGCCAGCCAAAUCAUAAUAAAAGAAGGUGUCCAUUAGCCAACAAGGUGUUCUUUCUAUCUAUUGUUUAUACUCACAAUCUGUUUUUUUUUACUCACAAGAUAACAUAUAUAUUUGAUUAUAAUUACAGUCAAAGAAAGUGCAAGACCACACUAUGA